AUGGUGCGGAAGGCAACACCCAGCAACAAAUAUUCUAUUUGUACUCUUCGAGUAACAGUAAUCAAUGUGAACAAUCAAGCGCUGCGAUUCGACGCUCCACUCUACACGGUAGAUGUUCCAGAAGACACCCCACCACUCACCGUCAUUUACAGGGUUACUGCAAACAAUCAGGGUCGAGGGGACAGCAGUACUAUUUUGUACCGGAUCGACGGUCCUCCUAGGAGGCAGUUAUUUAUGGUGAAAGAAAAUACCGGAGAGAUAUUGCUACGUUCGAAGCUUGAUCGUGAAACUCAUGCUGACCACAGGAUAACAAUCAUCGCCACAGACGCUCGGAUACCAGGACGCAGUUCCUCAACUCUUCUUCUCAUUAACGUCAUAGAUGUGAACGACAAUGAGCCUUACUUUGGCCAGCUUGAAUAUCACGGAUAUAUUAUACGUGGUUAUCCACCUGGUACUAAACUAAUUCAAGUUAAAGCAUAUGACGACGAUGGCCCUCGAGGCGAUGCGCUUAUACAACAUAACUGGUGCAUAUCCAAAAAUCCAAAGCUCAGGAUAGAAGUAGCGGGCAUAUUUAUCGUCAGGAUGUGUACAUAUCCCACUAACAUGGGUUCCCCAAGCCAAUCAUCGGGUGGACAGCCAAGCCAAUUAACUGCCAGCAAUAUUAAUGUAGGUGCUAAGGACAACGGUGGUUUAUUAUCGCGUAAUAAUGCAACGGUACAUUUAUGGCUGCUGGAUAGUAUGGAGCAUGUGCCAAAGUUUAGCAAAAAUAACAAUUGGUCCAUCGAGCUCAAUGAAAAUUCUUCACCUGAAAGAGUUUUGACAACAUUUACCUUGGAUUCACCAAAGUUUGAGGUAUUUUCUGAAUUUUAA